GGGACGUCUGGCUGGACGGCCGCUGGCAACCGACCGACCGCCCGGGACGCGCUAGUCGUCGUGUCAGUCGGCCGCCAAGCCCAAACGUCGUACACACGCACAACGUCAAAUCGGUUAAACGCGCGUUCAAAUCAUUUUUAUUUAGAAUUCGUUUUUAUUAUUUGUGUUUUUUUUAUUUUACGCCCAACGGUGUCUAUUGAUAUUGAUAUUUUCCACGACGAUUUCUAGUUACUAUAUUAUUUUCAGUUGUAAUCGUAUUAAUAUUAUUCUCGUGUUCGAUAAUGUGCUCGCGACUCCGGGCCCGUUGAUAGGCCGUCAGCCGAUAUCAUGUUGAUCGGUAGCGGCGCUCCGGGCGCCAAUUUCGGUCAGUUCACAUCGGUUGACCAUUCGGGCGGUGGCCUCCAAGGUACUUCGCCACAUCACGGAACGGCCGCGGUCACAGCGGCUGGCGGAGGCGGCGGACAACCUCAGCAACAGCACUCGCCAGCGGGUUCUUCGUCCGGGGGCGGCGGCGGCGGAGGAACUGGAGGAACUGGAGGAAUGGCACCGUUACAGUUGCCAUCUUUUGGUUUUACACAGGAACAGGUGGCUUGCGUAUGUGAGGUACUGCAGCAGUCCGGCAACAUCGAGCGGCUAGGUCGAUUCCUGUGGUCGUUGCCCAGCUGCGACAAGCUGCACAAGCACGAAAGCGUACUUAAGGCCAAGGCUAUCGUGGCGUUCCACCGAGGCAACUUCAAGGAGCUCUAUCGGCUACUAGAAAGCAACCAGUUCUCGGCGCACAACCACCCUAAACUGCAGGCCCUUUGGCUGAAAGCGCACUACGUAGAAGCCGAAAAGCUGCGCGGUCGCCCGCUGGGUGCCGUCGGCAAGUACCGUGUACGCCGCAAGUUCCCGCUGCCUCGCACUAUAUGGGACGGCGAGGAGACUAGCUACUGUUUUAAGGAGAAGUCCCGGAUGGUCUUGCGCGAGUGGUACGCCAGCAACCCGUAUCCUAGUCCCAGGGAGAAACGCGAACUGGCUGAGGCCACGGGACUGACUACCACGCAAGUGUCCAACUGGUUUAAGAACCGCAGACAACGGGAUCGAGCAGCCGAGCAAAAAGACGGAAUGUCAGGAAGUCGGAGUCCCACCGGCGUUGGCGAUGGUUGUGAGAAAAUGGUUGGCCCACCUUCUAAUUUGGAUUCGAGUUCGUCCGAAUCCAUUGACGGCGACAACAUGAAAUCGCACAUUCACAUGUUGCACAAACCCAGCGCCAUUUCUUUCGGCCACUCGAUGAUAACUGGCCAGGAUCACUUGUCGAGUCACGAAAUGAUGUUUGGCAGCGACCUUAAGUCUCCCAUGUCCGGCGGCGGCGUGCCGUCAAUGAUGACCAACCCGUCGGCUUCCGCGGUGGCCGCCACGGCCGCGUAUCAGUCGCAAGGGUUGGCCGGCACCGGGAGUAUCUACGGAUCGCCGGUGACCGGUCGGCCACUGAUCGGCGGAGGCGGCGAUCAUCACCACCAUCACCAUCAUCACCUCCAACAGAUCACCGCCGGCGGCCACUCCACGGAUCCCGCAUUGCUGCACGACUACCAUUCGUUAUGACAGUGGGUGUCUGGCUACAACGGUGGCCAGCAAUAAUUUCAAAUCCCUCGCCGGCGGUCACACAGAUCGCAUAUUAUGUUUAAGUCACCGGUUCAACACGAGCGAUCGUUGUAACAGUAAAGUGUUGUGUGUACACAGGGUGUCGUCUCACGUAGCGUUAACAACUUUACAUAGACAUAAAAAUUGCAAAUUCGUCAAAACCGCGAUAGACGCGCCCUGUAUUCACAAUUUAGGUAAUAUACAUACCUAUUAGUGUUACAAGUCAUAACAUUCAUGGCUGUUGGAGCCGUUGGUGGUACACGAAAACUAUUCUCGAUUCGAACCCACGACCGUACGAUACGGUGUACCUAUUUGGGAAAGUUACUCCGACCCGUCUUCUUCUCUUCGUGCCAGAGUUCAACUGCUUUACGGUUAAUCGAUUGUAAUAAUAAUAUUGUACGUUCUUUGGAACGUGCACAGCUUCUUAUAACGCGUUGCGACAUUUACCUUU